AUGCAAGCAAGUGCUGCAGCUGCGCGUGCGUACGUGUGCGUGGCCGACUCGCCGCUCAUUUAUUCCCUCGUCCUCCUCCUCCCCUCCUCCUCUCGCCCGUCCACCCGUCCGUCUCGCCCAUUCGCCUCCGAGCCGGCGACGACGCCCAUCGUCAAAAGACCGUCGACCAUCGGCCGCGCCCUCGUCGACCCUCUCGUCCGCUCCUCGACACUCCACCGCCUCGUCGUUCGUCCGCUCGAGCAUCCUCCGCCGUCGCCAGGGGGGCCGUCCGUCAUCCGAGGGAGAGGCGAGAGUCGAGCAAACCAACCAGAAGCGAGCACCGCCCACGGGCGACCCAUGUGCCAUUUUGUCGGCCGCUACAGCGCCCAUCCCCCCCCCCUCCGCGGGGCCUCUGUGCCCAUAACGACCGCCGACCCCUCCUCCUCCUCCUCUCCCCCUCCUCCUCGCCCUCCUACUCUCCCCUAA